UCAACUACAUCCGGGUAAGAUUUGUGUGACCUUGGUUGGUUAAUCGUCAUGGCGGCCAUCGUCAGGAUAAGUUCUGUCUGCCAUAGAGGUGUCCAACCUCUGUUUUAUCGCAGCUCUCUCCUCGCACGACCCCUGGUCGCACAGCAAAAGGACCAAGACCGGCCCUACCCGUUGACAGCUAGGAUUCAUGGAUCCUCAUCUCUCUCUGCUGGCUCUGGGUCCAAAGCUGCCUCCCUGCAUUGGACAGGAGAGCGUGUGGUGAGCGUACUGCUGCUGUCCAUGGGGCCUGCUGCCUACUACUUCCCCGGCCCUGCUAUUGACUACUCGCUGGCUGCUAUCCUCACCCUGCAUGGCCACUGGGGGAUUUUACAAGUCUUAACGGACUAUGUUCAUGGAGAACCGAAGAUCAAGAUGGCCAACGCAGGCCUCUUCCUAUUGUCGACUGUCACCUUUGCCGGUCUCUGCUACUUCAACUACAACGAUGUAGGCAUUUGCAAAGCGGUGGCCCUAUUAUGGAGCAAAUGAAUGGACUGAGGUUUGGGAUGGGUGGCGUGGGCACUGGGACAUCAGCCAUCUUGUUCUGGUAUGAUUGUAAACAUUCAAGGGAUUAUAUGUAAAUUUCUAUAAAUAUAUAAUUUCACAAUAUUACAGUGAUUCACAAGUGUUGUAAUUCAUGUCGAGUCAGGCUUUUUUGGGGAGGGAAAAAAAUGAAUUUUUUGCAAGUUCUGGAGGUUUGUGUUGGGCGUCAACAGGUCUGUUUCUGGCAUGUUAAUGAUCUGCUCCUGUUGAUUUGUUGAUAUGGACUAAACUAAAUAUGUCGUCCUUCUGACCCCUACCAAACACGCAUACACAUGCUGCCGUGUUUGCUGCCGUUAGUUAAAUGUUAUACGGUUAACUUUUACCUGGGGCCUGUUAAAGAGGGUGCAAUUUUACAGAACGCUUCGAUAGAAAUGCAUUUUGUAGAACAGAUAUGGUAAUCUUAUGUAGAAAUGCAUUGGGAAAAAGACAAUUCCCUAUUCUAUCUUCCCCUCACUGAGUUCACUCCUGUUAUCAAACUAAUAGUCCAAACACUUGUGUAAUGCUUAUUAUCUGAGGAGGUAUCGACAGUGAUUUACAUAUUUGUCCUUAAUUUCAAAUCCAGUAUGGCAAAUGACUUAAUCUCUUCUGUAUAAUAAUAAUAAUGUAAGUCGCUCUGGAUAAGAGCGUCUGCUAAAUGACGUAAAUGUAAAUGUAAAUGUACUAACUUAAUUUAUUAUGUAGACAUUGCAUUUUUAUUUGUGGGAUAAUUGUGGUAUGUUUUGUGUCUGUCACCAAUCUGUAAAUACCAGCUAGUGCCCUUCAAGACCAUUGCAGUCAGAUUUGAUUGACAGGAGCAAAUGGGUGUGACCACUAGCAGUAUUUACAACCCCGUAGCCAUACUGUUCUGGACUUUAGGGGUCUGUUCAGAAGGGGUGUGAUGUUAUAAAACAUACAGAUAUGAUUUGUCAUGCAGAAUUGGGCAUCACCGCAGCUCUAUUCAUUUCAAACUGCAACAUUCUGAACAUUUCACCUCACUGAGCACAUCCCAAGUUGAGCAUGUAGAAGAGAAGCCAUUCUGAUCUGUACACCACUGUGCUUCCUCCUGUACCAGCCCUGUUUAAGUUCUCAGUCAAUAAUAUCCAAUGACAAUAUCCUGGUUUUGUAAUAAUGUGCAUAAUUUACUUACACAGCUGUGCCUGGCAUCACUCUUGCUUGAGUAUUUAGCAUAGUACACUGUGCAUGUUGUUGGCAGGAAUUUAACUUUCCAUUUAUCUUUUCAAGUGUAUGUAUGAACAGCUGCUAAGCGUCAACAAGUCAUGUACAGCUGGCAUCAAAUAUUAAGUCAAGUCAACAUAGAGAGUGCAAGCACUUGGUCAAAAUGGCAGAGCUUUAUUUUUGUACUGUUGGGAUUGUCGGCUGAAACAAGUAGUAGUUGUCAAUGUUAAAUAUCCAAGAAAGAUGAAGGUAUUGAUCGUUGUCCUCAUACUACUCAUAAAUGUCUGAAAGCUUAA